AUGUUCUGUCAUCCUCUUUCCCUCUGCUCCUCUGACCCUCUUCAGGUCAUCCUCUUUCCCUCUGCUCCUCUGACCCUCUUCAGGUCAUCCUCUUUCCCUCUGCUCCUCUGUUCCUCUUCAGGUCAUCCUCUUUCCCUCUGCUCCUCUGUUCCUCUUCAGGUCAUCCUCUUUCCCUCUGCUCCUCUGACCCUCUUCAGGUCAUCCUCUUUCCCUCUGCUCCUCUGUUCCUCUUCAGGUCAACCUCUUUCCCUCUGCUCCUCUUCAGGUCAUCCUCUUUCCCUCUGCUCCUCUGACCCUCUUCAGGUCAUCCUCUUUCCCUCUGCUCCUCUGUCCCUCUUCAGGUCAUCCUCUUUCCCUCUGCUCCUCUGUUCCUCUUCAGGUCAGCCUCUUUCCCUCUGCUCCUCUGACCCUCUUCAGGUCUUCCUCUUUCCCUCUGCUCCUCUGUCCCUCUUCAGGUCAUCCUCUUUCUCUCUGACCCUCUUCAGGUCAUCCUCUUUGCCUCUGCUCCUCUGUUCCUCUUCAGGUCAUCCUCUUUCCCUCUGCUCCUCUGACCCUCUUCAGGUCAUCCUCUUUCCCUCUGCUCCUCUGACCCUCUUCAGGUCAUCCUCUGCUCCGCUCUUUCCCUCUGCUCCUCUUCAGGACCUCCUCUUUCCCUCUGCUCCUCUCUAACCCUCUUUAGGUCCUCUUCUUUCCCCCUGCUCCUUUCUGUCCCUCUUUAGGUCCUCCUCUUUCUCUCUAUCCCUCUUUAGAUCCUCCUCUUUCCCUCUGCUCCUCUCUAGGUCCUCCUCGGCACCCCUUUUUUAGGUACUUCUCUUUCCCUCUGCUCCUCCUCUAGUCCUCUCUUCAGGUCCUCUGCUCCUCCUCUAGUCCUCUCUUCUCAUCCCCCUCUUUAGGUCCUCUGCUCCUCCUCUAGUCCUCUCUUCUCAUCCCCUUCUUUAGGUCCUCUAGUCCUCUCUUCUCAUCCCCCUCUUUAGGUCCUCUGCUCCUCUCUUCUCAUCCCCCUCUUUAGGUCCUCUGCUCCACUCUGUCCCUUUUAAGUGUUUAGUUCUUUAUCCGUUAUGCUGUUUUUCUUCUCCAUUUACCUGUUCUGAAUGCUUUCCUGUCUUAGCUCGUGUGAAAAACUGCUUUCAUCUUUCAGUAGUUUAUAGUAGUUAGCUAUUCCUUGGCUUGUUGCUUCUUCACCCUAUAGCUAUCAGCCUACUCAAUUUCCUCUUCCUUAUUUUGCAUGCCUUUUCCAACUGCUCUCUGGUCAAACUGAGCUAUUUUUUGUUUUUGUUUGUUUUACUUCAGCCAUUCUUUUGACAUUUAAUAUUGUUCCUUGAAUUUAAGUUCAGUGCCAAUCCCUAGAAACAGUGCAAUGUUAAUCAGUGACAUUAAAGCCAGAAUCUCAGGAUUUUGAUGUCAAUCAACUCACUGAACUGUCAACUCAUAUGAUUGUCCAUUGCUGUCUCUCAGUUCGGAUUUUAAAAAAAUAAAUGCCUUUAACAAUG